UUUGCUUGCCAUUUACUAGUUGGUUGGGUUGGUGUGCAAGGGUUUAGCGAGAAUCGAACCGUCGUUGAGUUGGCUUCAUACGGUGGUGGCUCUGUACUGUUCUGUUCGACUGGUGGCCGAUCGUGGUCGUCCCGUCCGUCAUAUUCCCGGUUUGAAAGCAAUUACUGCGACGCAGCAAGGUGCAGUGAUCGGUUUUUCAAGUUGCUGAAAAGAAUUCACCGGCCAUGGAAAAGCGGAUAGAACUCGAGAAACGGGGAAGGAAACCCAACGAAAUUACAGAUUUUGUUUUGGACAAUUGUCGGAGUACAAAUAUUGUUGGACUGACAGAUGAAUAUGUAGCUUUGGAAAAAUUGAGUCUUAUCAAUGUGGGCCUUACAAGUUUAAAAGGUUUCCCCAAAUUACCGAAUCUUAAGAAGUUGGAGUUGAGUGACAAUCGAAUCUCUGGUGGUUUGAAUUUUCUUCACACGAGCCCUAAAUUGACUCAUCUAAACCUCAGUGGGAACAAAAUUAAGGAUUUGGAUACGCUACAGCCUCUUAAAGAAUUCAAAAAUUUGAAAAGCUUGGACCUCUUUAACAAUGAAGCAACAAAUAUGGAUAAUUACAGGGAGAAAGUUUUCAGUCUUAUUCCGAGUCUACGAUAUUUGGAUGGAUUUGAUGUACAUGAUUGUGAGGUAGACGACAGUGAAGGAGAGGACGACGAAGUCAAUGGAAACGAAAAUGAAAAUGUCGAUGAAGACAGUGAAGAAGUCUCUGACGAGGAAGAUGAUGAGAUCUUCGAUGAAGAUAUAGGAUUGGCAGAGAUUUACAAAGAUCAAGAAGACGACAGUGAUGAAGAGAAUUACGAAGAGGGAGACGAGGAGGAGGAAGACGAUGAUGAUGAUGAAGAUUUCGAUGAAGAAGAUCAAGAGCAAGAAGAAGAAUCGUCUCCAGCUCGAGGUAAAAAGAGAAAACAUGAAGAUGGUGGAGAACCGGAAAAUUAGAAAUUCAAGAUUAAGGUUUUUCGCUACUGUCGAAUGAGUGUGUAAAAUUUCGUAUAAAUAAUAACAAUGAUUGCGCCGCCGAGUGAACAGCUGGGAAUCAAACUUAUUGACCGACCAAUGACAGUACAGUUAGUGGUGUGAUUUUAUUAGUAAAAAAAGAGAGAAAGAGAACGAGAGAGUGAGAAAAAAAUAGAGAAAAAAUCAUUGACUGAAAACUGUUUUUUGAGACAAGAAUUGAAAAAAAAACGAAGUGAGAGAUGAACAACGGAUAUAAAAGGCAUAAAAAAAAUAGGGGCCUGCAUUCCAGCUAGACCCAACACGUUUUAGUUAUACUAACGAUAUUUUAUAUAGAGUAUAUAGUUAGAGAAUUAGAGGUGUUGCAUAGUGUGUGAGUGUAUGGGAGUUAGGAGAAAAAAGAUUUAAAAAAAAGAAAAAACAAUAUUUGAUGAACUCGGGAAGGCAAGCAAGAGUUUUACACUUGAAUGGAGCGCAUUUGUCUGUUAGCUUCGGUCGGCCAAAGGCUGGUCAUGCUGGAAUGCAGCCGUCGUUAAUCAGUAAUAAGAUUACAUAAGUUACAUUUUAAAUACAUUAUUAUUGUACCAUUUAAUAAGUAUAGAGUAAAAAAAAAGAACAACUUUUGUACAGGUUUACACCAACAAUUUGAAAAAAGCAUUAUGUCGCUGUGAGUUUUAGGACAGAAAUUAAAGAAAUAACUAUUAAUUAAGAAAAUCAAGUCUGGGUCCAAGGCUAAAUAUCAGAUUUUUUCUUCUCUUUUCUACAUAUAUGUAUAUAUAUUUUAUAUAUAUGUAUAAAAGAAAAAAAUGUAGACAAUGGUUGUAAAAAGCUUUUUUUUUUUAAAUAAGUAUUUUUUUCGUGAAAAUAAAAAAAAUUUUAUCGAUAAAUCCACUAGGCAAUGUACAGAUAACAGAUUCCAAUAAAUUGUAAAACAGUGCAAUCAAAUAUUUUUUUAAACAAAUAUUUUCGUUACUUUUUUGUUUUGCAAACAAUUUUUUUUUUACGUUUUAAGUUUCUUCUAAAUACAAAAAUCAAAAAAAGAAAAAACUAACAUAAUCAACAAAUAUUCCAGUCUUUACUUUCUGUCUUGAAAAAUCACAAGAGAGCUAAUCGUGUAUUACAUUGAGUAACGCGUGAAGGUAAUUAUUGACGACAAUGAUGAUCAUUAUUAAUUAUUAUUAUAUUAAUAUUAUUAUUAUUAAUAUUAUUAUAUUAUUAUUACUAUUAUUAAAUUAUGAUUCUUAUGAUUUUUAAAGAAACAAAUGUUUGAAUAUAUAUAUAUAUAUAUGCUUUCACAACGAUUACGAAAUGGUAAUUGAAGAGUGAGAAAAAUUUAUAAUUAUAAGGGCAGACCGACUAAAAGUAUUCGAAAAAAAUUUAUUCCUAUUAUAAAAAAAUAUAUAAAUGCGGCGGAUUUAUUAUAAACGUUAAAAACGCAACUAAUUGUAUGUGACUGACGUUACGAGAAACUUGACUUGGACAAACAAAAAAGAAAACAUAGAGAAUUAUGACCGUAUGUAAGAAUGGGAUGGAUGAAAACAAGAAAAAUGUUUCAAAGAAUGCGAGUUUAAAGAAAGGUUAAUUUUUUUGUAACAAAAAAAUAAUUAUAAAACUAAAAAAAAAUUUAAAAACAAUUUGCGGUAGAAGAUCAAGUACCCUGGCGCAAUAUUAUUAAUGCCGCCAGAUUGGUUUAUGGCCUUAUCCAAUUUUUCCAGGACUAAAAAAAAUGCAAAUUUAUAUUAGGUACAGUGAAUAAAUGAGACGUGUACAGAGGUCUAAAUCUGUAAAUUCGUGAAUAUUGUAAUUGCGAUUCGCGCGGAAAAAUGUAUUUGUCAAAAAGAAAAAACAAAAUAUAUAUGAAAAUUAUUCCGCGCACUUCGCUCUCACAGCAAAAAAAGCAAGAUAAAAGAACUUUUGUCAAUUGUGAUUUUGGAUAGACCAUUUAAAUAAUUUAAUCGAAAGAAAAGAAUUUAUGUUUUUAAACUACAAUCUUAGUUAAAACUUUAAAAAUUCGUAUAUACAUAAUAUUGUCUGUCUGUUCUGUUGUUAAAAGUGGAUUUUUUAUCAUAAAGAAAAAAAAACAUUUGUUUAUUUUUGAGUAAAUCUUCAUCACAAAAAUAAGAAAAAAUAAUUUAUUAAUAAAAUCAAUUUACAAAUCAA